GUGCCAGCAGCUCUUUCUCUGGCCCAGACGAAUUCCCAUCCCGUCUGUUGCACGGCCCAAGUUUAAUGUCCGACUUCGCAGUGGUUUCAUGGCGAAACAGCUCCACUUGACUGCAGCUAUUAGCCCCCGGUCGUGGUCUGGUUUUAUGGCCGGCCGAAAGUGUGAUUAAUCAUCUGGAUUACCACUUGGGCGGCCCCGGAGCUCUAUCUUUUUCGGCUACUCGAACUCAAUGGGCUCUUGGCAGCUCAAUGGGCCAGCCCCUUCUAAGCCAAUUCAGCCAGCCAAUUCAGCGCCAUUGUUGAUAUAACAGCAAUUAUGCUAAUCAGCUUGAAGGCGCGUCGAGGCCUCUACCUUUCUCCUACAUUCAAUGAACUUCAGACACAAUCCAAACGAUGACGAAACGAGGUGAGCACCUGGCAUUCAGUCUGCACUUGAUAGUGCCUAAUCAGUCCAAAGCUCUGUGAACCCCAUUUGGCCUGGGCAGCCUAAAACUAUGCAGCAGCAGCACCUGCAGCAGGGUUCUUUUGUAUUCUUUGAGAUGGAGCCCAGCGAUGUACCCGUUCUGCUGAUAAAGUUGUUUUGCUCCUCAAUGAAAUAUUUAAAUCAGCCUACCUUAAUUAUAUUGCUAUCUUUAAGUGUUUCCAGCUAAACGGCUGAUAAGCAGGCGACAAGUGGGUGUUCGGCUUUGCAUAAAUAGCCAAGUCAGAAGGCCUAGCAAGCCAAAAAGUUUUGUUUAACCCCAUCAACAUGAAGGCUUUCUUUGCUCUGGUGCUUCUGGCCAUUGCCGCCUCUGCCCUGGCAGGUCGCACCCUCGAUCGGUGCUCCCUGGCCCGUGAGAUGGCCAAUCUGGGUGUUCCCCGCGACCAGCUGGACAAGUGGACCUGCAUUGCCCAGCACGAGAGUGACUACCGCACCUGGGUGGUGGGACCUGCCAACUCCGAUGGCUCCAACGACUACGGAAUCUUCCAGAUCAACGAUCUGUACUGGUGCCAGGCCGACGGACGCUUCUCCUACAACGAGUGCGGAUUGAGCUGCAAUGCCCUCUUGACCGACGACAUCACCAACUCCGUCCGUUGCGCCCAGAAGGUCCUCAGUCAGCAGGGAUGGUCCGCCUGGGCCGUCUGGCACUACUGCAGCGGAUGGUUGCCGUCCAUCGAUGAGUGCUUCUAAACUGACUUCGACCACAAAUAAAAUCACAAAGAGUACAAGCUAA